CGGCUACAAGGAUUGUUUCUAAAAGUAGACCUCUUUUCGAUCAUAAAAAUCAUUAAUCAUGAGGAAUUCUAGUUUAGGGACAAUAGCAGUGUUGUUUUUGUCGGUGGCGUUUGUUCUUAGAGAAGGACAAUGUCAAGGAGAGAACGGUGACUACGCUAUUCCGAACGGCAAUCAACAAAACUGGGGUAUUCCAAAUGGCGACAUGCAAAAUUGGGGAAGUCAAUACGGGGCAGGAAACUGGGCAAACCAAAAUGGCGGACAGAUGGGGCCUAAUCAAAAUGACUGGCAAAACUGGAAAAAUCAAUAUGGCGGCAAAAAAUGGAAUAAAAAAUCAAAGGACGGGAAAAAAGGGAAAAAAGGCGGUAACAACUGGGCAGCCGAUUGGCAAAAAUGGGCUGGAAUGGGCAAUGGUGGCGGAAAUUCACAAUGGCUUCAGAUGGCUGAACAAUACAUGAGCCAAUGGCGAAACAAUAAUGGCACAAUCCCUACAAACGGAAUGUACGGAAAGAAAAACAAGAAAGAUAGUAAGAAAACUGGUGGAGCCGCAUAUUAAGCUCUCCUGCUGAUAAAAAGUGGAAAAGAAAAAUAUACAUUUAUUUACCGUCUAUCAUUUGUUCUACAAGUCACAUUCAAGUCGGCAAUAAAAUCAGAACGUGAUCCAUCAUUUCCGUGUUUGUCUCAAGUAUGUAAAAACUUCGUCCUGUGUACAAACAAAUUUUUAAGGACAACAUCAACACCAGUAUCGUCUUUGACACUAUGUAGAAAGCCUAAAACCAACAAAGAAACGAAAGACUGUGGAUUGCGAUAUGAACUAAGCAUUCUCUGUAUUUCCGAUCCUAAUAUAUUUGAUAUUUUUUGUAAUUGAUCUGAAAUAAACGAAAUGUAUAAUUAUAAAAAAAA